AUGGGAAUUUGCGAUAACACUUGUAAAAUUUGCGACAUGGCAAACAAUUGUAAUUAAUGCCAACCAACCAGAAUUUUGGUAGAAGGUGUUUGUUAAUGUUCUAGCUCAAAUAAGGAACUAAGUAGAAUUUAAUCUAAUCAAUGCUAUGAAUGCAAUAGCAAUUGUAAGGAUUGUGAUUUUAAGCAAAGAAAUAAUUGCUUUAGUUGUUAUAGCGAGAAUCACAGAGUUCUCUAAGGUGGAAAGUGCGUUUGCGAAGAUCACUAUUAAGAAUUAAAAUCGUCCCAAAAGUGUGUGCUGAGCGAACAUAAAGCAGGAUUAUAGGAAGUGUUAGUCAAAUGUCAGUAAGAGGGUGGGCCUAUUAAAUUAAUGAGUAAUAUUCUUCCUUUCUAAAAUGCUCAACUAACUAACUUUGAUACUAAUAUCAUGAAGACUGUGACCAUAUAGUUUUCUGAUAAUAUAAAAAAUCCGCUUUUGCCUGAAAAUCACAACAAGUACUUUAUAAACAAUCAAGACAAACAUAUCAUUUAAAUUAAAGUAGACAAUGUGCUGGCAAUUGGCACUGAGAUUGAAGGUAGUUUGACAAUUGUAUUUGACUAUGCAGAAUACAACGAUAAAACCUAUGAUAAAUAUAGCAGUAUUAAAACAUUUGGUAAUAGUAAAUAUAUAAUUGAUGUUUAUUAAUACAUAAGAUAGAACACCUUAGUUAUAUUACUGGGGGUCAGAAGAACUCUGUUAGACGUGUAAAAUUAGAACGAAUUAGUGAUGUCAUUCCUUUUGAGUUUUGAAAGCGAUAACUUUGUUGCCAUCAACUUUGUAGAAACAUUGGUUGACUAUGCAAUUCGACUAAUGGGAUUUUGCAAGGAUCCACUUUGCUCUAUUUGUAGUUUCUACAACAACAUUGAAACAUGUAAAGUGUGUAAACUACACGCUGAAUACGAUUCAACAACAAACUCUUGUGUUUGCAAGGGCGAACUCCAUGCUGACAAGCAAUGCUACUUUAAAGGAAAGAAUCAGAAUGCUUUAGGUUGCACUGAGGGAGUUUGUCUUCUGUGUAAGCCUGAUGAUCUUACAUGCACCAGUUUUAUUGAAGUUUGUGAUGAUGGAUAUUAUGAAUCUAAUAACAAGUGUCUCGAAUGUCCACCGUCCUGUUCAACCUGCACAAGUGGAACCUAAUGCCAAAGUUGCAUUGAAAAAUAUUACAUAGAUAACUUCACAUGCAAAGAUUGUAUUUCUCCAUGCAAAACAUGCUAAAAUCAAACCCAAUGUUCUAGUUGUGUAAAUGGUUACUUUCUUACUAAUUCUGAAUGUCUACCAUGCACUUCUAUAACUGGAUGUAAAUUAUGUGAAAAUGCAAGCAAAUGUUUGGAAAGUCAGAAAGGAUUUUAUGUAAACUCAAAUUAUGGAUGUACAAAAUGUAAAAAGGAAUGCAGUAGUUGUACUUCAGACUCUUUUUGCACUGGAUGUGUAGAAGGAUAUUAUGAAUCAAUUGGAUAAUGUAAUUUAUGCAUUGGAAAUUGUUAGAUUUGUCCAAAUUCAUCUCAAUGUUAUGUUUGCAAAAUCGGUUAUUUUGUUGAUAAGAUGGAAUGUGUAGCAUGUGAUUCUCAAUGCACAUCUUGCUCUGAAUCAGCUUCUCAAUGUUAUAGUUGUAAACCUGGGUUUUCAUUAAUUCAAAAUAAAUGUGUAUCAUGCUAAACUCCUUGUUAUUCUUGCUUGAACACAACCAGCACAUGUUUAUCAUGUAUCAAUGAUUCCUACUAUUUGGAAUCAAACACAUGUGUUUUAUGUGAAAGUCCAUGUAAAAGAUGUGCUUCAAAAAAGCUUUGUCUGGAAUGUCAAGCCGGGUAUACAUUAGACAAUCAAACAGGAUUGUGCAGACAAUGUGAGACAUCUUGUCCAUCAUGUUGUACUCAAUGUCAAUCAAACUUGGUAUAGAAUGUCAACUGUUAAUAUUGCCAAGGUUCAUGUAGAGAAUGUACAAACUCACAAACAUGUCAAUCAUGUUUAGAUGGAUACUUCAUGAAUGGAUCCAGCUGUUAAAAAUGCUCUAGUAAUUGCCAAACAUGCAAAGAUGAUUAAACUACUUGCAUGAGUUGUUAUUCAGGGUACUAUUUGUCUAGUGGAUAAUGCGCAUAGUGCCAUUCAAAUUGCAAAGAAUGUGAAAGCUAUGAUAAAUGCACAGAAUGUAAAUCCACUUACGUUUUAAAUUAAGAAUAGAAAUGCCAACUAUAAAAUUGCCUUGACUAAUAAUGUAUCACAUGUUAUGAAUAGGAUAAAUGUGACAAAUGCGGUAUAAGUAAGUAUUUAAACAAUAAUCAAUGUCAACCUUGUUCAAAAACAUGCAAGUCUUGCUAAAAUAGUAGAGAUGAGUGUACAGACUGCUACAAAGGAUCCUACUUAACUUAGAAAUAAUGUUAGCAAUGCGAUUUAAAGUGUGCUACUUGCACUUCUACAUCUUUCAAUUGUAUUGAGUGUGCAAUAGGAUAUUAUAGGAAGGAUGGAGAUUGCUUAAAGUGCAGUAAUAAUUGUAAGGCAUGUGAGAACUCUUCUGAGGCCUGCACGAGUUGUUCAGAUAGCUCGUAUUUGUCCAAUAGUUAAUGUAUUAACUGUUCAUUGAAGAUUAACUACUGUAGUAAGUGUAGUAAUAGUACUACUUGUCUAAAGUGUUAAAGUGAAUUCUACUUGUUAAACAAUAAGUGCAUAGUUUGUCCCUUUGCAUGUAGUCAAUGUGCUUCUCAUGAGUAUUGUACUGAAUGCAAGAACAACGCUUACAGUCCUUCUCCAAACAAAUGCACUAUCUGUCCUAAAUAUUGUAAGGGCCCUUGUGAAUUCAAUAAUUAGAAAAUUACAUGUACGUAUGGAUGUGCAGAUGGUUACUUUUAAAAAGAUGGGUAGUGUAUCGAAUGUGCAUCUCCUUGUAGAACCUGCAAAGAUUCAAAAUCACAAUGUCUCAGCUGUGUUGAUGGUCAUUAUUACGAACUUAAUUUCAGUACUAAAGACUUCGUGAAUUGCUAUAAAUGCCUAACCACAGACAAUUGUAAAGAGUGUAAUACUCCAGAUCACUCAUGUAAGACGUGUUUAACUGGUUACAUCUUUCCCUUAAUUUCAGCAACAACAUAGAUCUGCAAACUGUGUGAUAAUUGCACUUGUCCCAAAGGUCAAUACCGCGAUUGGGAUUUAGAUAAAUGCUUAUAGUGCAAUUCCAAUUGCCAAAGUUGCGAUAUAUUCCCAGAUCGUUGUACUGGAUGUGCAACCAAUCAAUACCUUGACAUAAACAGAAACAUGUGUUUUGAUUGUGUAUCACCUUGUAUAUCAUGUUCAGACUUCAAUAAAUGUCUUACUUGUAUUGAAGGUUCCACUUCUUGUGUUAAUUGCCAACUCGAUAAUUGUUUAAAUUGUUCGAAUAACCUAUGUUCUCAAUGUUAAACAGGAUACUUCUUGAAUUAAAAUCAUUAGUGUGAACCUUGUUCGGCCAAUUGUCUGGCAUGCAAUUCGAAAGACUCUUGUCAAAAUUGCAUCUAGUCUACACAAAUCUAUUUAUUCUCAGGUAUUUGUAAACCAUGCAACCCACCCUGUUAAGCAUGUAAUCAAUCUGGAUGUUAAUUAUGUCCAUUUGGUACCUAUAUUGAAAAUCAUGAUUGCAACCAUUGUCUUAGCAAUUGCAAAAUUUGUUCCUCAUCAAGUGAUUGUCAAUCCUGCAACGAUUCCUAUUAUUUUGAUGGUGAGACUUGUAAUUUAUGUUCUACAAAAUGGGAAAAUUGUUAGGAGUGCACAGACUCCUAAUGCAUUAAAUGUUUAGAUCAUUAUUAUUAGGAUCAAAAUGGUAGUUGUUAACUAUGUUAAAACUAAUAUUGCUAAUCCAAUUGCACUUUUGAGACUUGUUAGACAUGUGGAGAAGGUUGUGUUAGAUGUAAUGUUGCAUAAGCCUGUGUCCAAUGUCUAACUAAUUACUAUCUCAAUCAAGGGUAAUGCAUAGCAUGUAGUUAAAACUGCUUAAAAUGCAAUUAUUAGGAAUGCUUGAUUUGCAAAUCAGGGUAUUAUCAAGAGGGCAUUAAUUGUUUAUAAUGUAAACAUAGUUGCUUAAUUUGUGAUAAGGAAUAGUGCCAUUAAUGUCCAGAUAAGUAUUAUGCAAAUAAAUUAGAAUGUAAAUAAUGUCAACCCAAUUGCUCUGUUUGCCGUUCUGGUUUAUGUCAAUCUUGUAUUGAUGACACCUUUUAUCUAAAUUAAGACUAAUGCUCAAAGUGUCAAUCCCCAUGUCUAACCUGCAUGAGCAAAGAUCAAUGCACUAAAUGCUAACCUACUCGUUUUUACCUUGACAACUUCGAAUGCAAAUAGUGUAAAUAGGGAUGUCAAAUAUGCACAAAGGAUUCAUGCACCUCAUGUGAUUAGUAUGGAUACUUUUUAGACAAUGGGGAGUGUUUCAAGUGUAAAUAGGAGCAUUGUUCAAAAUGUUAGAAGGAUAAAUGCAUUUAAUGUGAGGAAAUGGAGUACUUCAUGUCUAAAGAUUAUAUUUGUAAGCCAUGUCCAGAGAAUUGUGAAAAGUGUUAAAGUUAAGAUAUAUGCAAUGUCUGUAAACCUGGCUUAAUUCUUUAUGAUUCGAAAUGUCUAGCAGAUUGUCCUAAAGGGAAAUAUAAAGAGGGAAAAAUUUGUCUUGAUUGUUCGAAAGGAUGUUUAGAGUGCUCAUCUCUAGAAAAUUGCACAAAAUGCUAAGAUCCUUUAUUUUUAAGUGAAACUGACAAGAAUUGCAACGAGCCACCAGUUGGUACACCUACAUCAAUUGUCAAUAUAAUCAUUGUAGCUGCUAUUAUUCCAAUCAUUCUUUUACUAUUCGGCCCAAUUAUACUACAGUCAAUAGUUCAAUUCUCAUAUUGCAUAUCUACUCCUUUUAGAGUCAUAUAUCACAUUUUAUAAUAUGGAAUAUGA